AGAAGGCGUGUCCAUCCAAGGGGAACGAGUGUGGUAGCACACUUGGUGCUUUAUUUCUGGUGCGUGUGUGCUAGCUCCGAGGGGUUUGGAGAUAUCGAUCAUGGGGGAGACGACGGCGGCGGCGGCGAUGGCUGGCUCGCCGUUCCCGACGGUGGAGAAGUGCUCGUCCAACGACCGGGCCGGCGACACGGUCGUGGCAGACCUGGACGGGACGCUGCUGUGCGGGCGGAGCUCGUUCCCAUACUUCGCGCACAUGGCGUUCGAGAUCGGCGGCGUGCUGCGGCUGCUGCUGCUCAUCGUGCUGGCGCCGCUCGCCGGGCUGCUCUACUACCUCGUGUCGGAGCCGGCGGGCAUCCAGGUGCUCAUCUUCGCGUCCAUGGCGGGGACCAGGGUCGCCGACAUCGAGGCCGUGGCGCGCGCCGUGCUGCCCAAGUUCUACUGCGCCGACCUGCACCCGGAGUCGUGGCGCGUGUUCUCGGCGUGCGGCCGCCGGUGCGUGCUCACCGCGAACCCGCGGGUCAUGGUCGAGGCGUUCCUCAAGGAGUACAUCGGCGCUGACGUCGUCGUCGGCACGGAGCUCGCCGUCUGGCGCGGCCGCGCCACGGGGCUGGUCCGCGCCCCCGGAGUGCUCGUCGGCGACCGUAAGGCGGACGCGCUCCGGAACGCGUUCGGCGACGUCGCGCCGGACGUCGGCCUCGGCGACCGGAGGACGGACUAUCCAUUCAUGCGGCUGUGCAAGGAGGGCUACGUCGUGCCGGCGGCGCCGAGGCUGAAGCCCGUGCCGCGUGAGGACCUGCCGAGGCCGGUGGUGUUCCACGACGGGAGGCUCGUCCAGAAGCCGUCGCCGGCGCUGGCGCUGCUCACCGUGCUCUGGAUCCCGAUCGGGUUCCUUCUCGCCUGCCUCCGCAUCGCGGCCGGCGCGCUCCUGCCGAUGCGCGUGGUGUACCACGCGUUCCGCGCCCUCGGCGUCCGCGUCACCAUCAAGGGCAACCCUCCCCCGCCGGCCAGCCGGGAGACGGGCCAGACCGGCGUGCUCUUCAUCUGCUCCCACCGCACCCUCCUCGACCCCAUCUUCCUCUCCACCGCCCUCGGCCGCCCCAUCACCGCCGUCACCUACUCCGUGUCUCGGCUGUCGGAGAUCCUGUCACCGAUCCGGACGGUGCGGCUGACCCGCGACCGCGCGGCCGACGCGGCGAUGAUCCGGCGGCUGCUGGCGGAGGGCGACCUGGUGAUCUGCCCGGAGGGGACGACGUGCCGGGAGCCGUUCCUGCUGCGGUUCUCGGCGCUGUUCGCGGAGCUGACGGACGAGAUCGUGCCGGUGGCGAUGGAGAACCAGAUGAGCAUGUUCCACGGGACGACGGCGCGCGGGUGGAAGGGGCUGGACCCCUUCUACUUCUUCAUGAACCCGAGCCCCGGGUACGUGGUCACCUUCCUCAACAAGCUCCCCGCCGAGCUCACCUGCAGCGGCGGCAGGAGCAGCCACGAGGUGGCCAACUACAUCCAGAGGCUCAUCGCGUCCACGCUGUCCUACGAGUGCACCAGCUUCACCCGCAAGGACAAGUACAAAGCGCUCGCCGGCAACGACGGCACCGUCGUCUCCAAGCCCAACAUCGACAAGAAGCAGGUCAUGGGCUGUUAGCAAAGAUUAAUCGUACGUCUUGCGGUUGUUUGUACGGCCUGUCUGACAAAAUGGCCAAUAAGCAGCAUCGUACUGUGCAGUAUCAGUGUACACAUAUAUGUACGCGCCCUUCCGUGCUUCAUUUUCUUGGUUUUGGCACGCACAUACGUGCGUAUGUAAUUGUUCUUUUAACGUACACAUACAUUGUUUUUUAACA